UCAACCUUUUAGAUAAGGCAAGAGGCCACUUUGAUUAAUAUAUGUAUGUCAUCUAAGCUCUGGUUUUCUCCUACCAAGAAAUUAAACGAUGGCCGCAUCAACCUUUCUUGCGAGCAAGAGGUAUGCAGUCGUGACGGGAUCGAACAAGGGGAUCGGGUUCGAGAUAUGCAGACAAUUAGCUUCGACUGGAGUGACUGUGGUCUUCACCGCAAGAGAUGAGAAGAGAGGGCUUCAGGCAGCACGAGAACUCCAAAACAACGCCAGCCUCUCGGCCGGCGCCGUCGUCUUUCAUCAGCUCGAUGUGGCUGAUCCUGCUAGUGUUUCUUCUCUUGUGGGUUUCGUCGCUACCCAGUUUGGAAAGCUUGAUAUCUUGGUAAAUAAUGCUGGAAUCGGUGGACACAUCAUGGACCGUAAUGCUAUGUCCGAAGCUGUUGAACGUGCUGGUGGCGACUUUCCAUUUGGCGAGGAAGUCUGGAAAAAGAUAUCGACCGAGGACUAUGGAAUGGCGGAAGAAUGUGUGAAGACGAAUUAUUAUGGUGCCAAGUUAGUGACCGAAGCGCUCCUUCCGCUCCUUCGUCUGUCUGAUUCACCGAGAAUCGUAAAUGUUAGCUCCACCUUGGGGACCCUAGAGCUCAUACCGGGAGAAUGGCCGAAGCAGGUAUUAGGCGAUGUCGAGACCCUCACAGAAGAGAGAGUGGACGAAGUCUUGGAGUCAUUCUUGCAGGAUUUCAAAGAAGGGGACUUUGGAAAGAGGGGUUGGCCAACCCAUAUCUCAGCAUACAAGGUCUCGAAAGCAGCCUUGAAUGCAUACACAAGGAUCAUGGCCAAGAAGCUGCCAUCUUUCUUGGUGAACAGCGUGUGCCCUGGCUUUGUCAAUACCGACAUCACCUGCAAUACGGGACCCUUGACUCCUCCACAGGGGGCCGAGAGCCCGGUUUGGCUAGCUCUGCUUCCUCAGGGUGGCCUAAGUGGCCUCUUCUUUCAUAGGAAGCAAGUCUCCAGUUUCUUGUCUCUUUCGAGCUCGCCUUCCAUUGUCAAGGGAUGAUUUCAUUUCCUUUCUCUGUUUUUCUUUGGGGUUCUUAUUCUGUCUUUGUAACUAGCACCUGUUUGACCAUUCAGUGGGUAAUAGCAUGAUGGUAGUAAAUGGGAUGUUUAUGAGUGCUUCGAUUAUAUUGAUCUAGUAGCUUUCUGUGA